AUGUACGUGUGGCGUCACGCAGAAGCGGAGAGGAAGUGCAGCGAGUACAUAGAGUUCCAGAAGUGCACCAACCAGGCUUGUGUGGCGAAAUGCAAGAGCAACCACGGCAGCUCCUUCCGCCACGCCGCUUGCGUGCACGAAGAAGUUGGCGCCCAGUUAUCCUGCGAAUUCUUCGUUGGAUUCUUCGCGUUCGAGCCUAAGAAUAGAUUCUUCUUCAGUUCUGAAUUUCUCUCGACGCCUCUCGGAUUGUUUCGCCCUAUAAUCUUUUCUUGGUUUUGGGCCCCCAGUUCAAGGUGCGAGCUUUUUCUUCGGAAAGCUCGCCUCAAACCCUAUAAUAUGAUCACGGAUCCCCCGACUCCCAAGCUCCAUCUCGUCGUCGCCUUAUUGACCGUCGCCACCCUCCUCCUCUUCUCCUCCGCCGUCAGAUCGGAGCCGCAGGUCUCCCGUUCGGCCAUCAGGUUGCCCUCCGAGAAGAGCAACGGCGGAGGAGGCCUCUGUUCCGGGGCUGCGGCCCGACCAGGCUCGUGCCCGGUCAAGUGCUUCCGUGCCGACCCAGUAUGCGGUGUGGACGGGGAGACCUACCGGUGCGGCUGCGCCGACGCCGUGUGCUCCGGCGUGGAAGUCACGAAAUUAGGCUACUGCGAGGUCGGGAGUGGCGGCCCGGGUCCGUUGCCGGGUCAGGCGCUGCUUUUGGUCCACAUCGUUUGGUUGAUUGUGCUAGGGUUCUCGGUUCUUUUCGGGCUCUUCUGAACAUAUAUAAUGUGAGAGGCCGACCUGAAUCUUGCGUCUUUAUUUUC